AAUAACUCUGUUGCUCGAGAAAAAUGGAUGGAGCAAGAUAGUUCUGCUAUUUCUCUGAUUAUCAUUACACUCUCUCCGGACGCUCUUACUUUAGUCGUUGGUUGUCUGACAUCAAUGGAGCUAGCAAUACAUCUGAUUUCCUGUCAUCUCAAUUUAGUCAACAAAGUAGCUGUUUUGCUCAACCCACUGGAUUUAUUGCUCAAAAUGGUGAAAGUGUGCAGCUGCCUUAUGAUGGAUAUGGGAAUGGUGGACUUCAACAUAAUGGAGCAUUCAAUCUUAGAGGAUUUCAACAAACUGCAAGUGUUCAGCAAAAACACAAUUUUCAACCCAAUAGAGGACUAAUGCAGCAACAUGACUUCUCACAUCAAAACUUCUCCCCACAUGUGAGCUACACUAAUAGUGAGAAUUACUCCCAGCAAAGCUAUUCUGAUAACAAUGGCAAGAACAGCUUCAGUAGACCACACAUCAGCAACAACAAAAGUUACAACACCGGUCAAAGUUACUCGGGCUCAGUUGUUUGUCAGAUUUGUGAAAAACCGGGGGAAAUGCAAGUACUCUAUGGUGGUCCUCAAGUGCAGGGCUACUCUCAGAUUCCUGUAACAAGAGAAGAUGACAAUGGCAGUAAAACCAAUAUUGAAAAUACUCAAAAUGUUUCACAAGACGAGUAUGUGAGUACAAGUAAAGAAAAACAGGAAGUGGUUUCAAAGGAGGUUUCUAAGGAGAAGAUUGAGUCUGAAAGUGAGAAUGGUGAUGAGGGAAAUCAGCCAGAGAAGUUUAUGGAGGAGAGCUCUGAUGAAAAAGACACUUUUCCAUUUGAACUUUGCUUGCCUGAUGAGGAUAGCUUAAUUACAGUGGUUGAUUACAAGGAUAUGGUUGAGCGAAAUCAAGUCAAAGCUGAUGGAGUAAGCCUAAGUGCAGCAGUUGAUAGUUCUAGUAAGCCGAUGGACUCAAAAAUUGGAAUCCAAGAUGCAAACUCUUCUCAGGUCUACAAAAGUGAAGCCAUUAAUGACGUUAGUGAUAUGAGCAGCUCCAGUAGUAUGAGCAAUGACAUGUACAAGCCCCACAAGGUGAAUGGUGUAAGAUGGGAAGCGAUUCAAGCUGUCCGAGAUCAUGAUGGGAUGCUGGGUUUGAAUCAUUUCAAGUUGUUGAACAGUAAACACAAUACUCAAGGAGUUGGGUUGUCACAUCUCAAAAACAAGAAAGUUGAUUCGUCUGCUACAACAUCAAUCUGUUCAUGUUCUAGGGCAGGAUCAGAGGAGAAAGAAAAUAGUGACUUGAAUAAGGAUGCUGCAGAAAACAAGGCAUUUAUCCCUCCAUAUUCAAUUCCCUCUAAAUGGCAACAAGCUAUACUCAAAGAAAUUGACACUUUGUUGAUACAAGGCACGUGGCAGCUUCCUUGUACUUCUCUUGAAAGACCUCUACUGAACUGUAGGCAGGCUUGUCGGCCUAUGAAGCUAUGGCAAUUACCACUCAUUUCUCCUGGUUGAAACUACUAUCAAAGGACUCUGCUGCAAACUAGUUCUUGGUUCUCCAAGCACUAGUUUGAGGAGGGAUGUUAAGAGUAUAGGGUCAAAGUAGAAAUGGUCAACAUCAAGUUAGUAUAAAUAGGAACUUUGCUUUACUGUAGGGAUGUCAUCUUUUUUAAAACUACCUUGAAUUUCCAAUAAUCAGUUUUUCCCUCUCUCUCUCUUCUUCUUCUUCAUUCUCAAUAGCCUCCAUAGCUUUUCUUCUAGAUUUCUUCAGCUUUCAGAAUUUUAACA